AAAAAAACACAGACAAAAGGAAAAAAGGGUGGGAAGAUCUGCAGGUUAACAAGCUGAGCGAUAAAGGGGGCAUGGCAUCCCCCAGUCCGGGGCUUAACGGGGCCCGCAAGAAAGCCGCAGCGAGGAACGGAGCGGUGGAGAGGAAGAAUUUAAUCACAGUGUGCAGGUUCUCUGUGAAAACUCUGAUUGAUCGUUCCUGUUUUGAGACUAUAGAUGACACGUCCCCAGAAUUCAUCAAUUUUGUCUCCAUUCUGGAGCAAAUUCUCAGCCAUCAGCUUAAAGGUCAGAUUACAUGGUUUGGCUCUGAGAGUCCACGUAGUUUUUGGGAUUAUGUACGUGUGGCCUGUAGCAAAGUCCCUCAUAGUUGCAUUUCCAGCAUAGAGAGCAUGGAAAAUGUGCGCACUUCCAGAGCCAAGGGUCGGGCAUGGAUCAGAGUUGCCUUGAUGGAGAAGCGGUUGUCCGAAUAUAUAGCCUCCGCUUUGAGAGACUACAAAACCACAAGGAGGUUUUAUGAGGAUGGUGCUUUACUGCUGGGAGAUGAAGCAGGUCUGCUGGCAGAUACUCUGAUUGGUCUCAAUGCUAUUGAUUUCAGUUUCUGUUUGAAGGGUGAGAGUUUGGAUGGAAGUUGUCCUGCUGUUAUUGACUACACACCCUACCUCAAGUUCACUCAAACCUCGGACAGUAUUAGUAGUGAUGAGGAAGAGAUGAGGACUCUGGGUAGCAGUGGCAGUGAAGCCAGCACUCCUGAAUCAAACAUGGCCGCCUGUCUCCGUAUGGAUUUAAGCAGCUGGUACAGCAAGUGUAAAAGAGUGGAGCAGAAAUACAGGGAAGUGCUGGAACAGAAGGGUUAUCUGGAGGAGUUGGUGCGUUUGAGGGAUGCUCAGCUCUCAGAGUCUGUCUCUCAGAAUAAGGCUUUACUGCAGCGUUUUGCAGAAGCUGACAUUAGCCACAAAGUGGAGAAGGAGCAGCUGGAAUUCAUCAUACUGGAGCUUCAGGACCAGCUCAGAACUGUACUGAAGAACCAUGACCUGCGAUCCAGACAGGAACUCACCUCUCACCUGACCAAUCAGUGGCCCUCACCAGGCGUCAUGGAUACCAACGCGGUGGCUUUGGACACAUUGCUCUAUCAGAAACCCACUGGACGCUGGGACGAGAGGAGCUUUCCAAGUUUGGACCAGCUCUCUGCCGAUAUGAGUCUGUCUCAGACGUCUCUAGAGCCGGGACACACACACAUACAAAGUCUGGACGGCAAAGCAGGACUGGCUCACUGGCACAGAGAAGGUAAAGAGGAUACGCCAUCUCUCAGAGGUCUGUGUGGAUCUUUAACCUCAGUAGCCAGCUACAAGUCUCUGGCUAGUCUAAAGUCCAGUGAGUACCUGGCAAGUCCGACUACAGAUAUGACCAGUCCUGGACUGACUCCAUCCUAAACACACAUCCAGCCAUACACAUUUGUUACAGGCAUUUAAACGAAAAACUGGUAUUAGAUUUUUUUACAGUCUUGGAAUCAGACUGUGGACCAGAUCGGACUGCACUGUGUCAAAUCAGAUUAUCAGAGUUCUUGAAGCUGCCUAAAUCAGUGUUAGAUGCAUAUCUCGUGAUAGAUGUACAUACCUUAUGAAUGAGCUUCUCCCAGAGGAGAAUACAUCUGUAUUACUGUAUACAUUAAAUUACUGUUACAAGUUGGGUGAAAAAGCUCACUUGACUGUGGACAGUGUCAUGUAUGUUUGUAGCUUUUAAUUCAUUCCAGAUAUUUUGUGGUUCCUGGAUUAAAUCUGACCAUCUGGAUAAAGUCCCUCAUUGCAUAAAGUUAAAUUUUUAACCUUAACUUUUAACCUUGGUAAGAGACCACUGUUCCAUGUACUUUUAUAAUGGGCCCAAAACAUCCCACACCUGUUCCCAACAAGUAUAUGUAAACACUUGACCCUAAUUGUAUGCCAUAAAAUAAACAUUAUCUAUACUCUCCAA